UUAAACAUAACCAAACUAUAUUAUUGAAGUCUAAUGUCAUGUGGAAUUAUUUUGCGCAUGAGUGUAUGUUUUGUUUACUUCCCGCUCUGCUCUCCAAUAUCAAUAACAGAGAUUCCAACUACAAAUAAAAUAUUAGUAACAAAAAGUAUUAGUUCUUGAUACACGUGGCUGAGUAUUCAACCGCUCAAUCUGUAGUCUCCAACAAUUUCGACAUUUAAAAAGUUGCUUGAACAAACCAUGAAUCCGAAAGCAGAAUGCGUUUCCGUGCGAAAGAAACGCAAGUGGUUAACAAACGAGCAGAAACUGGAGAUAAUAAAGCUUCACGAAGGUGGAGCAUCGUACGCUGAAAUUGGUCGGAAUAAACAUAUGGAGGAAUCGUCACUUAGAAAACUUAUCAAACGAAAAGAUCAACUAAAAGCGCAGGAUAAGGAGUAUCACUUGAUGAACGCAAUAACGAAAAUCAGAAGUGGUCGAAUGGUGCAAAUGGAAAGGCUUCUGUACAAAUGGAUAGAAGAUUUGAAUCAGAAGGGAAUUCCUAUAAGUCAAAUGGAUAUUAGAGCCAAAGCGUUAAGUCUUUACAAAGAUUUGCAACGUAAUUAUACUGAAGACGUGGCCGAUAUUUUUACAGCAAGUCAAGGUUGGUUUUACCGUUUCAAAAACCGCACAGGCAUUCAAAAUUUCCGUUUUGAUGGGGAAAACGAGACCGACGUUAAAUAUCCGCAGGAAUUGAAGGAUCUGAUUGGAAAGGGUGUUUAUAAAGAUGAAGAAAUGGUGAAUGUCGAUGAAACAGGUUUCUUUUGGAAGAAAAUUCCGACACGCACGUAUUUAGCACCAAAUUAUUGCGCUGGAAAAGAACUUAGCUUUCAGGAUAUAGAUUCCAAUAUUCUUCUUGGAAGAAAUGUAUCAACUACAAGAGAAAUUGACAAUGAUCCUCUUAAUGAUGUAAAUGAUCAACGAGAUUUUGAUGAAAUGGAAACUUACGUUGAUAAUGCAGAGUUAGUUGAAAUAUCUGCAGAAAAAGUAAACAAUAAUAGAACAAAUCACCGAAUUAUAAAUGAAGCAGUUCUAUGCCACAGAGAUAUGAACGAAAAUAAUAAAUAUGUGCAAUCAUCGACAGAUACAAACUAUUUUGUAUCGAAUGAUACAACAGUAACUCUUUCAAAUCCGAGGGAAAGAACUAACGAAAGUGAGCAUGAUGAGUUUAUAAACAGCAUUUCUGCAAGAUUAAAACGAUUCUCGGGUGAAGAUCUUAACAACGCCAAAGCUGAGAUUUAUGCCAUUUUACAUAAAAUAGAAUCUAAGUAUAUAGUGAAUGAUCAAAGGAAAUCCACUCCAAUUUCCCUCAUUAGUGGAAGUACCAAUGUAGAAGACGUAUUGCUUUGUAUCAAGAAAGAAAACACUAUAUUAGAUGAUGUGCGUAACGACAAUGAGUUUGAUAACAUUGAAAUGCAGCAAAUGAGGGCAGUAGAUGAUAUCAAUAUUGAAUACGAAGGUGUUAAAGAAGGGGAUUUCCAGGAACCUGUUGAAGAUUGCGCAGUAGAAGAGUCGCGUGAGAAUCUUAAUAAGGAUGAAUCAUAA